UGUUGGUUGAGUCACAACGUAGGCAUUGGGCAGAAGUUGGAUGUACACUUAUGGCUGAUGGUUGGACGGAUACUAGACAUAGGUCAUUGAUUAAUUUCCUUAUCUAUUGUCCUAGGGGAAUGGUAUUUGUAAAAUCAGUUGAUGCCUCAGAUAUUGUGAAGAGUACUAGAAACUUAUAUAAAUUGUUUGAUGAAGUAGUUACAUGGGUUGGUCCAAAAAACAUAGUUCACAUGGUUACCGACAAUGCUUCCAAUUAUGUAUCUGCUGGUAAAUUGUUGUGUGAAAAGUAUAAGAUCAUUAGUUGGUCUCCUUGCGCAGCACAUUGCCUGAAUCUUGUGUUGCAGGAUAUGGGAGACAUGCCUCAUGUGGAGAGACUUAAAAAACGUGCAUCCAAAGUUACAGUUUUUAUUUAUAAUCAUGUAGCUUUGAUUGCUUGGUUGAGGAAGAGACCUGGUUGGACAGAUAUUGUACGUGUAGGAGCAACAAGAUUUGCUACUACUUUUCUUUCAUUUGGAAGUUUUCAUGUGCAUAAGCAUGACUUGCAAGCCUUAGUGACUAGCAAGUUUUUUGUGGACAAUCGAUUGGCAAGAGAGUCAAAGGCAAAAGAAGUAGUUUCUAUCAUUUUAGAUAAUACUUUUUGGGAUGAUAUUAAUGUUCUUGUCAAGAUUUCAUCGCCGCUCAUUCGUUUGUUACGGAUUGUUGAUUCUGAUCAAAGGCCUGCAAUAGGAUAUGUGUAUGAGGGCAUGCAUAGAGCACGGUUGGGAAUCAAGAAGAUCUUCCGAAUGAAGAAGCACUUGUACAAGCCAUACACUUCAAUUAUAAAAAACCGUUGGGACAAACAUUUGCGUAAAGAUCUUCAUGCUGCUGCAUAUUGGUUAAAUCCCGCUUUUCAAUAUGAUGAGGAGAAUUUUUGCCGGAAACCAGCAGUACAUAUGGCUGUUUUGGACUAUAUUGGGACAAAAUAUGAUGGUGACAAAGAGAAGGUAAUUAAGGAAACCCAAUAUUUUCGAGACCGUAUUGGGAGCUUUGAUAGAGAGCUUGCAUUGUCAACAAGCACAACCACUCAUCCAGAUGAAUGGUGGAAGUUGUGGGGUGCUGAUGCUCCAAACUUGCAAAAAUUGGCAAUUAGAAUCCUUAGCCAAACUUCUGCUUCUUCUGGAUGUGAGCGUUGUUGAAGUUUAUUUGACCAAAUACACUCUAAGGGGAGAAAUAGAUUGGAGCAUCAAAGGCUCAAUGAUCUUGUGUUUG